CACAGCAAAGUGUCUGGGACUCCAUAGCAACCUGGAUUUACACACACAGGAGGAAAACAGGCAACUCCCUCCCUCACAGUAAUCCACUCCCUGUGUAUAGAGAUCACUGGGGCCCUCCAGGACCACCUACUCUGCACUGAUCUCCUAGUGUGAGCAUGCACUCUGACCCAUUACACUCAGCCAAGUGACAGCCCAGAGCACACUACACCUCUCACCAUGAGGCUAAAGAGACUGGCAGCUGAACCUCCAGGUAUAACAGAAGAUAAUUUUGAGGACUUCUUAGCAAUAGAUGACUUGCUUGUAGAGUACUUCAAUGAAUUCCUAAGUCUUCCUACCUUUGCUGAUGCAAUCAAGUUCAAUAAAACAUUUGGAAUUUUUGAAGUUACAAAUAAAGAGCCGGAGCGUCUCAUACAACAAAUGAAAGAAUUGUUACGGAAACACCAGCCUCCAGAUAACAUCUAUGCUGCUACCAGAAGUGUAACUGGUUUCAAAGCAAAGAAAUCCUCUAUCACCAACAUAAGUAUAGACAACAAAUACAAUGUUAUGUGCCUGAAUCGUGAGCAAGGAGUACAGUGGAUCAAGAGGGAAAGGGUACCUGCUUUUCUUAAAAGUGACUGCUAUUUUGAGUACAGGCUGGCCAAGCUAAUGUCACAAGUACAAGUGAAAAAUGUCGGUGAGAAGUUGUACGUUGACCCAAAGUACGAGCCGUGGGUACGCAGGAAAUUGAGAAGUGCUUCUCCACCCGAGGAGACAGAAGAUGAGGAAAUCAUGAGAAAGUUCUAUGUGUCUCUGGGUCAGGCCUCAUUUACUCAGACAAAGGAGUGGUUCACUAUGGCAAGACAAAGUGAGCUGACCGCAGUGAGAAAUUCCUUCAAUCGUCCAGUUGCCUGGGGAUCAGCAAGUAGCAGUGAAACAUUUCUCAGCACACAAAAUGGUAGUCAAGAUACGGAUGGGAAUUAUGAGGAAAGUAUAUCUAACAAACACAACUCAAGCCUUCACCAGAAGUUGCCUGUGACUCCAGAUAGGUUCGGUAGUGAUUCUAGAGACGAUGAAGAAUAUUCUGUAUCCAUAGCACCCUCUCCAUGUGCCACACCUGUUAGACUCCAUAUUGAGCCUAAAUGGAACAAAGGUAAUGACAGUAAAAAAGAGUCUAAAGACAAAUCAAAACUUUUGAAAGAUGGCCAAAGCCAAAAAGAGCCUGUCUUUCAAACACUAGACGAGUUUGUUCUUUUCUACACUGACCGUAUUACAAAAUCUGCAGUAUCAGAACUGAAUAGAGAGCCACGUGUGGUGACUACAGAGGACGUUGAUAUUCACACCUUAUCUCGGGUAACAGUCAUGGAUUCACCAAGUACGGAACCUGCUUCCAUUAGUUCCAGAAGCUCGGAAAUAAGCGUUGAAGAAGAGGACGCAGAAUCUGAGAUUGAUGAACGAGGCGUUCUGGCUAUCUCGACCCAUAAGAAAGGAAAUGUUCACAUCAACAGCCGAAGGGAGUUUGAAAGGUUUAAAGCUUUUCUUAAAGGAACCUCUGGAGAGAGACUCUUGUGGUUGUGGAUGGACAUUGAACGGCUGCAAGCAAUAAAAGACAUAAAAAGACAGCAGAGCCACCUUAACAAGAUGAAAAGAUUGUACCUGGAGACCACUGGAGAGCAUUAUGUUAAUGCCGAAGUGUUGCAAAAACUGGAGCUUUUUGAUACAAACCGGUGGAAAGUGAUGCAUCUACAAAAUGUCCAGACGGAGGUCGUGAAACCUCUUCUCCUGUACUGGGGACCUAGAUUUUGUCUGGCUGAUUCUUCCUUCGCUCAGAAUGUCGAUGCCGACCUUAAACUUUGGUAUGAUCGGCAGCUAAGGCCAAAAAGAGACGCGGACCCCUUUGCACAGACAGUGACACUGUUACCUUUAAGGCCAAAAACAUGUGUGCCAAAAAUCACUACCUCGGUUCCUCCACCGAUUGAAAGCGGUCCACCUGUACUCUCAACUAGAGUGUAUACGAGAGACUCUUCAGCUCGACAGAGACUGAUUUCUGCAAACUUGACACCCCAAAGAAGAUACAGUAGAAGUUUACCUGGAAGUGCAGUAUACAGCUCGGAUUCUGCUAAGAGAAGUGCUAGAGGCAGACCAGGAAGCACAACUCUGUCAUCCGGAGCCUCUGAUGUUGCCAAGGAAACCCCAGGUGCACUUCCUCUCUGUGAUGAAAAUGUUCUUAAAGACAUCCUUUUGAAGGAGUACACAGUGAGCAGUAUUGUUCUAAGGAGUUCAGAGAUGGAGGACAUGUUGCAAGCUCUGUAUCUAGAAAAUCGCGCAGGAUAUUUCUUCACCACCUUCUGUGAGCGAUCGGGGAACAAGAUAUGGGAGAACAGUGUCUACUUCUGGUUUGAUCUGCAAUCAUAUCGCCAUUUGUUUUACCAAGAAGCUCUGGAACCUUUUAGGCUGCGUAGACAGUCUCAGCUCAUUUUUGGCACUUACCUUGCUCCCUCUGCCUCAAUGGAUAUCGGUGCUGAGCAGAACAUAAAAAAAGACAUUUACCAGAAACUCGAUCCACCUUUUGAGGAUUUAUUCGACGCAGCUGAAGAAUACAUUCUCACACUUCUCCUCUCCGCUUGGAUUCAAAUGACUGAGUUAAACAGACAAGCCUACAGGAAGGUGGCGCUGGUUGAGGAGACACGACAGCUGGAUUCAGUGUACUAUCGAAAGCUGCGAGCUCUGCUCGAUGAGAGGGCUUCCAAGAAAGAUGAAGUUCAGGCUCCGAAAUCCAUUUUCUUACCUCCUCCUGACAUUCCCAGAGAGCCCAACCUGUGGGAUCAGGUUCCAGAGGAAUAUCGGAACUACAACCUUGGCACUUUAAUCCGACACAGAAUGGAGCUGGAACAUUUUCGGAAGUUUCUCGAUGACCAUUUUGCCAGUAUGGAUCUAAUGUGUUGGAUAGAUCUUGAGCAGUUCAGAAGAAUGCCACACAAAGAAAAGGAAAAACGGCACGAGAAAUCCGUAGAUAUAAAGAAUAAAUAUUUAAAUAAAAAGUACUUCUUUGGUCCAAACAGCCCCGCCACCAGGGAUCAGCAAGAGCAGGUCAUGCAGCUUGCUGGAGGUUGGGGAAAGCUCCUGCACGACAAACUAUCCCCAUCUGUUCUUGUGGAAAUACAGAAAUAUGUCAGAAUGCGGAUAGAGAGGAAAUGGCUUCCAAUGUUCCUUUCAACUGAGGAAUACAGAGAACGGCAAAAAGUACAGGCACAGAUGAAGGAUGUUGCAGAAGAUGUCGUAUUUCAGACAAACAAGAAGAAAAUUGGAGUAUGGAAGCACUUGGACAGUAAAUGGAUUUCUUCAUCCAAAGAGAUAAUUGCCUUCCGUAAAGCGCUAAUGAACCCAGUUACUGCCAGCCAGUUCCAACGUUUCAUAUCCCUUAAAGGGGAUUUUUUUGAGAAUGGGCUUCUUUUCUGGCAAGAAGUGCAGAGAUACAAGGAAUUGUGUCACUCCCACUGCGAUGAAUCUAUAAUUCAGAACAAAAUUACUGCGAUCAUCAAUUGCUUCAUCAACUCAUCAAUCCCUCCAGCCCUGCAGAUUGAUAUUCCACCCGAGCAAGCAGAGAAGAUCUUAGAAAGACGCAGAGAUUUAGGACCUUACGUGUUUCGUGAAGCACAGAUGACUAUCUUCAGUAUUAUGUUCAAAUACUGGCCCGAGUUUUGUGAAUUUCGCAGUAACUUGGCAGACGAGAAGAUUCUACCUUUUCUCGAGCGAAAGAAGAAUAAAAAAAUGGAACAGUUGAAAAGAAAACUUAAAGCAGAAGAGAUGCUUGCCAAGAAACAACUGGAAGAUUCCAAAAGGAAAGAGAGUAUCUCGGAAUUGUAUGGUGACAACGAGAGCAGUUAUAGUGAAGAUGUAAUCCCCGGGCAAGAGGGAUAUGGACGCAGCAGAAAUGUUUCUUGGACUUAUUCAAAAUAUUUGGAAGGUUUGGAGCAAGAAUUGAUGCUUCUAAAAAUGCAGCAAGACUUAGAAAAGAAAACUGGAUCUUUCUCCUCAUCAGAUAAUGCAUCGAUCUACAGUUUGAAAUCUGAAGCUUCUCGGCGAACAGGCAAGUCUGGUUACACGGAAAGAGUGACAUCAGCUGUGGCAAGGCGGUUUAUUUGACGAGUUAUGCAUCUCAAGCAUUUUGACGUUGUGAAGCAAGAUUGUGUUUCAUUAAACAUCCUACAUUUUCGUGGUUAUUUUGCAUCCAGAUUUGAAAGUUUCUGAAUUUCUGUUUAGAUUGUUGAAUUAUUUUCUUGCCUUUCAAUGAUAGAAUGUUUUUAAUACUGGAAUCGUCAAAGAACUAUUUGUUAAGUUAUGUGAAGUUUAUUCACUGAACACUGUACUGCAGGGAAUUCUACAAUUUAGACUAAAUUAGCCAAGAUGUGACUAUAGCCAAAAGGGUUUGAGGGGGGAGAAAGGGGUAGCUAUUUUGGCCUAAGU